CGACACCCGCACUACUCGUAUCAUCAUGAAGACCACGUCGGUUGCGCUCCUUGCCCUGCUUGGCGCGACGCAAGUCGAGGCCCACGGCCGCAUGCUCUCGCCCCUUCAGCGCGGCUCGAUGUUCCGUCUCUCGCAGUUCAGCUUUGUGCCCGAAGACUGGGACGACGAUGGGCUCAACGCCGGCGGCAUUGGCUCCAAGCACGGCGUCUGCGGUGACCCGUACGGCGGCACACGCCACCACGAGACGGGCGGCAAGUACGCGCUCUUCCCCAAGUAUGGCGAGAAGGCGAUCGCGGCCUGCUACAAGCCGGGCUCGACCAUCGAUAUCGACGUCCAGAUCACGGCCAACCACCGCGGCAGCUUCACGUUUGGCCUCUGCAAGCUCAACGGCAAGAACGACAAGGAGACCGAAGAGUGCUUUACGGAGCUCAAGCGUCCGAACGGCGAGACCAAGUGGAAGCUGCCGGGCGGCAACAAGAACUUCAAGAUGCAGUACACCCUUCCGGAGGGCGUCACGUGCAGCGGCGACGCACACUGCGUGCUGCGCUGGUGGUAUACCGGUGGCAACAACCCCGGUGGCGCCGACCAGCAGGAACAGUUUUGGAACUGCGCCGACAUUAACAUUAGCGAUACGUGCGACCCGUCCAAGAACCCGAACGUGACGCCCGUGCCCACGGACCGCCCGUCGCCCAACGAUGGCGGGUCGAGCUCCGGCUGGGACGAUGAGCCCACGGACGCGCCCAAGCCCACGACCAAGCCGACGCACGCGCCGACGACCAAGCCCACCACCAAGCCGUCUGAGAAACCCACCACCAAGCCGUCGGAGAAGCCUACGACCAAGCCUACGAAGAAGCCGUCGGAGAAGCCGACAAAGGCACCGGCCGAGCCGACCCAAAAGCCGAUCGACAUCAAGGACGCCAAGAAGGCAUGGGAGCAGUGCGGCGGGAAGGACUACACGGGCAACACUGAGUGUGUCUCUGGCACGAUCUGCUCGACGCAGGACGAGUGGUACUCGCAGUGCAUUCCCAAACGUCUGCGCUAA